GCGAGGAGACUUUCCGUCUCUUUAGAGCUGAGAUUCCCGUCGGCGAGUCAGUGUGAGCCAUCAGGAAUCGGGCCGACAUGGAGCACGGCGGGCUGCUCUGCGUUUGCCUCCUCUCCGUUUGUGUUUACGCUGUUGCUGGAGAACCGAUAGGAACUACAGUCAUAAACUGCGCCACCCAACCUGAGGUGAUUAAUUUGACCCCAGUGGAUGAGGGCUACGAGGGCGAUGUGGAGCUGAUCACAGGGAUUCCAGGGGGAACAAACGUUCUGCUGGUACCAUAUGCCUUCCCUGAACAUCUGGAAUAUGUGGAGAUGAUUUUCACACUUGGAGAUACCACAGCAAUGAUUCGCACCAAGAAGACGUUGGAUGCAGACGCCCUGAAAGGCACGGACCGAGUCUUGUAUUACUCUAUUAAGUGUGAUGACCUUUUCGGGUACGAAAACAGUCGAAAGCUGCAGCUAAACGAUCUGAACGACAACAGCCCGGUGUUUGCAGAAAGGCUCUACACGACUGAGAUCUCUGAGACUCUUUCUGUGGACACUGAGGUUGUCCGAGUCAAAGCUGAAGACGCAGACAGCUCCCCGGCAAACAGCCAGCUGACUUAUUCAUUUACUCCGCCCUCAGAAUACUUCAUCGUGGAAGGCACAGGAGCUUUUAUUUUGAAGAAGCGUUUGAACUACAAUGAGGCCCAGACAUUCACAUUUACGCUGACAGCACAGGACUUCGGUGGAAAAAGCGACACGACGACUGUAGUCUUCAACGUUAUAGAUUCUGAUAACCAGAAUCCCUACUUCACUCACAGUCUGUACCAGGCGGCGAUUCAAGAGAAUGAGAAUGGGGUUUUUACUGACAUCCUGCCUGAAGCAAUACAAGCCCAAGACGGUGACAUGGGCAUCAACAUGGCAGUGACCUACAGCAUCAGUACAGUGUCUCCAAAUGCGUAUGAGAGGAACUUCAACAUUGACCCAAACACUGGAGUUCUGUCUGUGGUGACGGCCUUUGACAGGGAGGAAAUGAGCAGCACCAUCGUCUCCGUCAGCAUCAAGGCAGCACAGACAGACGACCCACUGAAGACCGCUGAUGCUGUGGUGUCCAUCACAGUCCAGGAUGUCAACGACAACGCUCCGACGUUUGAGACCGCCGACUACACCGAAACACUGCUGGAAAACUCCCCUGCUAAUGCCGUUGUGUUCAAAGCGAUUAUCACCGAUCUGGACGAGGGAGGUUUUGUGGGAACUCUGAGGAUUCUUCCAGAGUCGGCUCCGUUCUCGAUUGACCCCGACGGCACCGUUAGAGUGAAAGACUCUGCAGCUCUGGACAGAGAAACCACUCAGAACUUCGAGUUUCAGAUUGAAGCAACAGAAAGAGAUGCGCCCAAUCACGUCACGACGGCACAAGUCACUCUAACUCUGAUUGAUGAGAACGACAACAGCCCCACCUUCUCCCAAACCAUGUACGUGGGCGAGGUGUUCGCCGAUCAGGAGGUGGGAAUGCAGCUGGUUCAGGUUGAGGCAAAUGAUCCAGAUGACCACAUCAACGGGGAGAUCAAGUUCUCCAUUGAGUUUGGGAACGAUGCUGGAUACUUCUUAUUGGAUGAAGACACUGGAGUCAUCACCUUGGCAAAUACUAUCCCCUUUGAAGAAAACAUGAUCUUGGAGUUUCCUCUUUAUAUAACAGCCACAGACCGGGGCAUUGUACCUCGUACCUCGGCAGCUCAGGUGGUCAUUCGUGCUCCUGGAAACUCAAAUCCUCAGUUUCUACAGGAAGUCUUUACAGGUGUGGUGGAGGAGGAGCAGGAGCCUGGAGCUUUUAUCACCAAAGUCAGCUUUCUAAAACUACCUGGAGAUGAGACUCCAGUGACCCUCCAAGUUACGAGUGAAGGCGACAAGUUUUCCAUCUCCAACGACGGCGAGCUCACCACCACUGUGAAGCUGGACUUUGACGAAGGCCUGCAUGAAUACUCAGUGAGGAUUUCCAUCACUGACGGCACAAACACCGACAAUGCCGUGGUUGAGGUCAGUGUGACGGACAUCAACGACAACAGCCCUGUCUUCACCUCUGAAUCCGUUACUGAGGUUGUGCCCGAGAACGCAGAGGUCCCAUUGGACAUCACUGCGGUCGCAGCUACAGACAAGGACGACAGCUUCAACAAGGAGAUCAGAUACUCACUGAGAGGAGGAGACGCCAAGUUCUCCAUCGACCCUUUGUCAGGGAUGGUGAGUCUGGUUGGUGGUCUGGACAGGGAAAUCACAGCCCAGUAUAGUGUCUUGGUGCUGGCUGAAGAUCAGGGACAUCCAGUCAAGUCGGCCACCGCCACCCUAACAAUCCAAGUUUCUGACAUCAACGAUAACACCCCGAAAUUCUCUCAAGAUGCGUAUCGAGUGGAAGUAUUGGAAACAGAAGCCGUGGACUUCACCUUGCUCACCCUGUCAGCUGAAGAUCCUGAUGAAGGAGUGAACGGGAUCAUUUCUUACAGUAUUUCCGAGCAAAGCCCCUCUUCAGAUCCGGCCACCUUUGCACUGGACGCCACCAGUGGAGUUCUGCGGCUGGUCCAGCCUCUGGACUACAGCGAGGUGAAGGAGUACACUCUGAAAAUCCAGGCUUCGGACGGCGGGACUCCUUCAAUGGUGGGGAGCGCCAGUGUGGUGGUGGUAGUGAAGGACGUGAACAACAAACCGCCCGAGUUCAACCAGGAGAUGUAUGAGGUGUCCGUCUAUGAGAACCUGGCCUCUGGAGCGUCCAUCCUCCUCCUGGAGGUCACAGACAGAGAUGAGGGCGGUUUCUCCAAUGGUAACUUCCUCGUCUCUCCCAGCGAUACCUUUGAAAUAAACAAACAGGGACUCGUUUCCCUAAAGAAAGACGUUACUUUGGACAGAGAAACAACAGACAAAUACAACUUGGAGGUGGUGGCGGUGGAUCAGCCCACUGAGGGUUUGAGAGCCACAGCGCAGGUGGAGAUCACCAUCCUGGACUACAAUGACAACACGCCGCAGUUCCCCAGCAUCCCCGACCCCCUGGAGAUCAGCGAGGGAAGCUACACCGAGGAAGCGCCGGGGGAGAUCCUCGCCAUCGUACCCACAGACGCUGACCUCGGCCCCAACGCAGAGGUCACCCUGUCCCUCGCCACUCCACACCCACUGUUCCAAAUCAGAGAGGAUGGGAUGCUCUUGGCUGUGGCGAAUCUGGACAGAGAGACCACAGAAAUCUACGAACUGUUCGUUAAAGCUUCUGACAACGGCAGUCCACAAAGAGAGAACAUCAAGUCCAUUAGAGUCCAGCUCUUGGAUGUGAAUGACAACAAGCCCGAGUUCAGCCUCAGCAGCUACGUCAGCAGCAUCCUGCUGAAAGAUGCUACAGAGGGGGUGAUGGUGCUGAAACUGUCCGCCACCGACCCAGACUUUGGAGACAACGCACUGAUCACCUACAGUUUCUCUGAAGGAAGCUCGAAAUAUUUGGCCUUGAACAGCGAGACCGGUGAAGUGACUCUGACCUCUGAAGUUACCGCUUUGACUGAGGACACCGUGGUGGAGAUGACCGCCAUGGCCACAGACCACGGCGAGCCGCCUCUCCACUCUACGGCCGGUGUCGAGGUCAACCUGAGGUUAGCCAGCAUGAUAGACAACGUGGCCUUCCUGAAGACCUCCUACAACUUCAGCCUAUCUGAAAAUCAGCCGGAGGGGACGACGGUGGGCCAAGUGUUGGCCUCCUCGGGAAGCAACCUGUACAAUGUCUCCUACGCGCUGAAAACGCACGGCGAGCUGUUCUCCAUCAGCAGCGACGGCUCAAUCCUGACCUUGGCAGAGCUGGACAAAGAGCAGGAGGAGUGGUACAUCCUGGACGUGGAGGCCGUGGACACGCGGACGCCGCCUACAUCAGCCAUGACCACGGUCAGAGUUCAGGUGGAGGACGUGAACGAGCCUCCGCAGUUCCCGGAUGAUGUUUAUGAAGCUUCCGUUUUCAACAUUGCCCCGUAUAAAACCCCCGUCAUCCAAGUGAAGGCUUCAGACCCUGACGUUGGAGAGCAGGCCGAGCUGGUGUACAGCCUGACAGACAGUUCUUCCUUUGACAUCGAUCGAGCCUCGGGUCUGGUUUAUGUGGUCUCGGCAGUAGGUCAGGAUGGGGAUACAACUGAGCUGGAGGUGAAAGCUACAGACCCCCGGGGGCUAUCAUCCACAACCAAAGUCAAGGUCCAGGUCCAUGGAGACGCCAGCAGCAGUGAUGUAGUGAUCAUCUCCCUGAACCAGCCGGCCAACAUUGUAGAGAAUAAGAUUUCAGAGCUGGAGAGCGCUUUAGGUAAAGUUCUGCAGUGGACGGUGACGAUUAUCCAGGUGACGAGCUCUAAUGGAGGAACCGCAGACUCCAGGGCGCUGAGGAACUCUGUGAGGACUUUGGUCAGCCUCGUAGCUUUAGCGGAUGAAGACGUCGUCUCCUCUGAAGAAGUCAGAAAGAAGCUGAGGAGUGAGUCGGCUGCAGUGACCACAGAGCUGAGCUCAGUGUUCGGUGCCGGGGUUCAGUUUGAGUUAGUAUCUAAUUCUCAAAGUGCCUCCCCCGACAUGAGCAUAGUGAUUGCUCUGGGUGUCCUGCUGGGUGUGUUUGGGGUGCUCGUGAUCGUCUUGGGGGUCCUGUUCGCCAGGUCCAAAACGAAGAUGCAUCGAGACGAUGACAAAGUGAGCUUUGAUAUGGAGCAGCGAGAUCAAGAUUACACAAACAAGGAUCGUAAGGAUUCAGCCGGCUCUUGGAAGCAGAGGAGGGACAGCAACACGGACUCAAGGAAAAACAGCAUGCGCAGCACGUUGGCUUUCUGACCUGAACCCCACUUCCUGCUGUCAGAGCACCGCCACAAUAAGAGCUCUACUUACUUUUAAUGGUUUUAUUUUGACUUUUUCCAUUCGGAUUGAAAGAGUAUUUCUAGUGAGCCGUUUUGUGAUUUUUAUGUUAAAAGUUUUCAGAACAAAACUUGUUUUUCAAUCUACAAAUCUGUUCACAGCAGUGUUAAGGAUGCAGUCAUUUAAAAAAAGCAGAUUUGUAAAAAAAUAAAAAUAAAAAUGUUGCCUGUUUAAAAUCAAUAAUUCUUUUUUUUCUGGAAACUGAUGGAAGUUUUUGGAUCUUAACAUUUCUGCAAAUAGGAAAGAUGACAUCUCCAAGAUCAGUGUUUCUGUAACUACCGACACCUUUGACUAUGUUAUAGCCGCAUGAAUGGGCGGCUUUGAGGAGAAAAAUAAAAAAAGAAACGGCAACUCAAACUUCUAAACCUCUCAGCUUUACAGAAAGACCUUGUAGAUUUGAUUUCUUUUUCACUCUUAUUUAUUUAUUCCUCCAAGAUGAAACCUUUCUUUUUUUCGUUUGUCAUAAUUUCAUGUUUUCCUCCUUUUGCUGAAGCUACGAUGUAAAACUUGCUGUUGUUUGAAAUGUGUAAAACAAAUAAAGUUUUCUGGCCUUGAACAAAACCA